AUGGCGACCAAGCCCAAAAUCCUUCUCCUUGGGCAAAUCGACCACGCCCACAGACAAUGGGAGACCCUGGACUCCGUUGGCGAACUGAUAAGACCCCAAUCCACCAACCGAGCAGACUUCAUCAAGGAGUGUAAGUCGGGUAAGCUGGACGGCGUGGUGGCAGCCUACCGGACAUUUGGCUCAGUCAGCAUCACCGGCUUCUUCGACGAAGAGCUGUGCAAAGUUCUACCCAAAUCAUGGAGGUAUCUUGCAUCAUGUGGCGCAGGGUACGACCAGAUCGACGCCCACGCCUGCUCAGCGCGUGACCCGCCGCUGCUGGUGUCCAACGUGCCGACAGCGCCCGACGACGCCACGGCAGACACGGCGAUUUUUCUGAUGCUCGGCGCCCUGCGCAACUUCAAUACCAGCAUGGCAGCCUUGCGCCGUGGCAAAUGGCGCGGCAGCCCGGUCCCGGCCCUGGGCCAUGAUCCGCAGGGCAAAGUCCUGGGCAUUCUGGGCAUGGGCGGCAUCGGACGCAACAUGAAGAAGAAGUGUGACGCGUUCGGCAUGACCACCAUCUACUACAACCGCCGACAGCUCGACCCGGAGCUGGCCGGUGGUGCCGAGUACGUCUCUUUCGACGAGCUCCUGAAGCGCAGCGACGUCCUGAGUCUGAAUCUACCGCUGAACCCCAACACGCGACACAUCAUCUCGACCGACCAGUUCAAGCUGAUGAAGCCCACCGCCAUUGUCGUGAAUACAGCGCGCGGCGCCGUCAUUGACGAAGCCGCCCUCGUCGAUGCUCUAGACAAGGGUCUCAUUGCCGGCGCCGGCCUCGACGUCUUUGAAGAGGAGCCAAAGAUCCAUCCGGGCCUGGUGGCUAACGAGAAGGUCAUCCUUCUACCCCACAUGGGCACCUGGACAAGGGAGACGCAAGUAUGUUAA